AUGCUUACCUUUUGGACCUGUUUAAUUUUUGUUUUGUUCCUAGAUAUUUAUGACUGCUUUAAAAUAAAAAAUUUUGAAUACCCCAAUACGCAUCCUGUUUAUAGAAAUUGUUCUAUUAAAAAAUGCAAUUCAUUACAUAAGGGAUAUUAUAACAGUCGUACGUAUCAAAUAAAAAAAAAUGUUCAAGAGCCUAAUGAGCAAACCAACAAAUUUGAUGACACUUAUAUAUAUCACACUCCCGUUUUAUUGAGGGAAGUAAUAUAUUAUAUGAUGAAGGAUGAGGAAAAUUCUUCGGUCUCAUCAUUUGAUCAAAACAUGAAUGAUAAUAGGGAUACAAAAUGUUAUAGUAAUAAUAUAAAUAGUAUAAAUAAUAAUAUUAAUAGUAUUAAUUGUAGUAAUAGUAGUAAAUCCCAGGGUUAUAUUUUAGAAAAAACAUGGUGUCAUCUUAAUAAUAAUAUGAAUAGAUCAAGCAGAAGCAUAAAGAAUUGUUCUUUCUUAAAUGAAAAAAAAGAUAUAGAAUAUAUUGAAGAAUGUAGUGAAAAUUUUAAUUCAAAGAAUACAAACAAUUUGUGUAAAAAUAGUUACACAACAAAUUAUAAUAAUGAACAAGUUAAUUAUUACAUAGAUGCAACGUUAGGUGGAGGUGGUCAUACAUUAGAAAUUUUAAAUAAAAUUCCAAACUGUAGAAUAAUAGGAAUAGAUAAAGAUAUUGAAGCAUUAUAUUACAACAAAAUAAAAUUGAAGAGAUUUAUUAAUAAUAAUAAAUUAAAAUUAAUACAUGGAGAUUAUGGGAAUAUUUUACAUUUGCUGCAUUUACACUCACUUCCUAUAUUCAAUUAUUAUAGUGGUAUACUAAUAGAUUUAGGAGUAUCUUCUCAUCAAUUAAAAUGUUGUGAUAGAGGAUUCAGCUAUAAAUAUAAUGGUAUCUUAGAUAUGAAUAUGAAUAAAUAUACAGAAAGUCAAUAUUUGUCAAAACUAUUUAGAAAUGACAAUGAACAUAUAAACGAUAUUAAUGAUAUAAAAAAAAACCCAAAAAAUAGUUAUAAUAAACUUCAUAAUAUUUUAAAUACUUAUAGUUUAAAAAAAUUAAAAUUUAUUAUAGAUACAUAUGGUGAAGAAAAAAAAGCUUUAAAAAUUGCUAAAAAAAUUAUUCAAUGGAGAAAAGAAAAUGGAAUGAUAUUAACAACAUUUCAAUUAAAAAAUAUUAUACUUUCAACUUGUAAACAAAAUUAUAAAUCUAAUAAUAAAGUUUUGUCAAGAGUAUUUCAAGCCUUUCGAAUUUAUAUUAAUCAAGAAUUAAAAACAUUAAAACAAUUGUUAAUAUCUUCUCAUAAAUUACUAAAAACUGGGAAAAAAUUAAUUGUAAUUACAUAUCAUUCUUUAGAAAAAAAAUGUGUUGAAUUGUUUAUUGAAAAAAAUAAACAAAAGUGGACAAAACUUCAUCAAAAUGUUAUGCCAAGUGAUGAAGAAAUUAAAUUAAACAAGUCAGCACGGUCAGCCAAAAUGUUCAUUUAUAAAAAAAAUUAA